AUGCGUUCGGUGAUUGCGUUCGGCGGCGGAGAGGUUGUCAUGGCAACCAGAGAUCGAGGCCCCCCCCCCUGGCAGCCGAAGGCGAGGGAGCGAGACCCGGCGGCGCCAGCGCCCGCGGCCCCGAGAUGCGUCCCCGAGCGGCGGCGGCGAGGGCCCAGCGGCUCCCGGAGGCCACGGAGGGAAAACACGACCUCUAGAGGCGCGCGCGGCCGUUACCACAGACUGUGCCAGGAACCGGGUGUUGGUGGUAACGCAGCAGGCGGCCAGGUGCACGUGCACGCCGGCAGGUGGCGCGGCAGGAGCGACGUCCUCGCGCCACGGAGGGGCAGAGCCCAGCAGCAGCGCCUUCAGGAGGGACCGGCUCCCUCGGCAGCGGAAUCGAGCGACGGGCAUGAGCGCCACGCCGACGCGCCGCCCUUCGUAGACGAUCCCUCGAGCGCGCAGACGAAGGACCCCCUCCCGACGGCCCUCGCGCCCCCCCCGUCCCGCAGGACGUGCACGGCGGGCUCCGGCGGCGGCUUUGUCGGCAGGGCCUCUGGCGGGCAUAGCACUCGCGGCUAUACCAGUCUCAGCGGCUCCGACUCGCCCUCCGCCCUCAGGAAGGCCGACCCAAGGGCCUCUCCCGCCGCCCCGCCUGCGGCAGGCAAGAAGCGGGUCCGCUUCUCGCAGAGCGUCAGCGUCGCCCGGCCGCCCGACGGCCUCCCGGCGCCCCGGCUGCCGCCCGCGCCCUCCGCCAGGGCCGGCGCCCCCCGCUGCGCGCCCCGCCUGCCCCCCUCGCUUCCCCGCCAGAACCUGGGGGCCAUCGGGGCCCUGGCCAUCCGCGAGCGCUAUGGCGACGGCAGCGCCUCCGUCUACUCCAGCUUGAGCCCGCGGUCGCACGCCCUCAGGCGCCACAGGCAGAGUCUCGUCGCGGCUGCCGCAGCCGCGUCGGCGUCCUCCGUCGCAGGCGAGUACCGCAGUUUGAUCCAGGGCACGGCGCCGCUCAGGCCCCACGCCACCCCCGUCGCCCGCGCCCUUGGGAAGGCCCCCGUCGGCAGCAGCGCUCUCAGGGGCCGCGGCGCAGCGAGCCCGCGUCUGGCAGCCGAGGACGAGGUGCCGGUGCGCGUGAAGAUGUUGUCGUACAUGCUGCCCGUCGAGGAGAAGGUCAGCUUCGCCGAGGGUGACGCCUCGUCCUUCACGCCCCUCAGCGAGGACCGCUCCCCCGUGUCGGAGACCAAGCCCCUCCUGCCGGCCGACGACAAGCCCGACAAGCUGGCCUCCCUCGAGGGCGAGCUCCAGGGGCUGGAGUCGCCCUCCGCCGAGGAGGUGAAGCUCAUCAUGGACGAGAAGGAGAAGGAGAAGACGGAGGAGCCCGAGGGCGAGCCCGCCGAGGACGACGACGACCUGGAGAAGACGCCCCGGGCCCUCGCGGGCGACGCGGGCGGCGGCGGCGGCGAGGGCGGAAGCCCCGCGGCCAGCGAGGACAAGUCCGUGUUCAGCGAGAGCCUCGCGUCCCCCGGCUCCGACGACCGCUCCAUCAUCAAGACGGCCUCGACAAAGCCCUCCCUCAAAAGAGUGUCGUUCGGCUCGAGCAAGGGCUCGAUGGUGGAGACUCUGAUCUACGACUCCCCGGUGGCCGAGGAGGAGAGAAUACCCGAAGAAGAAGUUCCUAGCUUUAGAGAUCCUGUCUCGCAGAAAUUUGGGACCGAGAUAGCAGCCCAGCAGAAGCCGGCCUCCAAAGUCAGGGUCACCUUCUAUGAGAGCUCCAAGCCCUUGGUCGUCACUUCGCCCGAACCCUCAGAUUUUGACCAGUACUCCCCUCAAGAUUUCUUAAUGGCCUCGCCACUCACAGACGCCCACAUGCCAGGCUUCGAUAGACAAUUAAGCGACAGCGGCCGCGACAACCCCUUCCGCCCGGACGGCGACAUCUCGCGCGAGGCCGACGAGAUCGUGCAGCUGAUCAAGUCGGGGCGGCCGCUGCAGCAGCCGCCGGAGGACGCGCUGGACGGCGCGGCGCCCCUGGAGGCGUCCUCGCCAUCCCACGACAAGGAGGUCGCCGCCGAGCCGCUCCUGCCGCGCCCCGACACCCACCACCAGCCGCAGGCGCUGCACGCCACGCCCGCCAACGCCGCCCGCACCCACUCGCCCACCGCCGACGGCGCCUCCAAGGGCGGCGCGACGUCCCCGUCGGCGGGCGGGGCCUCGCCCUCCAAGGCGGGCGCCAACGGGUCGGCGGCGCCCGAGGCGUCGCUGCCGGGCACCGUGGAGGUCACGCACGCCACCGUCACGCCCACCGACCCCGCCCACGUCGAGCACGUCGUCAUCAGGAAGAAAAGCAAGUGCAACUGCUGCGUCAUACAGUAGGGCGUCGCCUCGGCGCGUGCGGGCGUGCGAGCGCGCGUGCGGGCGACGGAUGGUGCUGACGGAGGAGGAGGAGGAGCAGGAGGAGAUGAAGGAGGAGGAGGAGGAGAGCCUGCGGAGCUUGUAGGACUCGCAGGAGAGGCGGGGCUUUGGCUGGCGCCGCGAAGGACUUCUCUCGGGCUAGGAUGCGGGGGGGAGGGGGAGGGAAGAGGAGGAGGAGGAGGAGGCGAGAGCGAAAGAAAGAGGAGAAGGAGUAAGAGGAGGCAGAACGAAAGGAGGAAGAGACGAGAAGAAAAAGGAGGAGGAGGAGGAGGAGACUGAGUGAAGGAGGAAGGAAAAAAGGAAGGAAGGAAGGAAGGAGGAGGAAGGAGGAAGGAGCAGCGGGCGGACGCAUCGGCGGCGAGUCCUUUGGGGCGAGGGCGGUGUUGCUUCUACUACCAUGUGCUUCUUUUUCUCUUAUUUUCUUUUUUUUUAAUUUGGAUUUUUUCAUAUAUAUAUAUAUAUAUAUCUUGUCAUGAUGCUGGGUGCACAAUCCACCAAGUCUUUUUUUUAUUUAGAAAAAUAAGAAAGGAUUUAAAAAAAUAAAGUGUUUCCAAAGA